AUUAUCCACAACCACUUUCCACACUCCAUUUCCCUCUCCAUGGCCACCACCGCGCCUCACUGUGUCCAACUCGCCGGCGCCACCGUGUCAACUCGUCCGCGAAGCGCCACCGCCAUCUCCUGCAAGAAGAAGGCGAACGAGUUGGCAUUCAAGGAGACCAAAGAUGGCUUCGUGGACUACGACAGAGGCCAGCACGAGGUCUCUGCCAGAGUCACCGGCCUCCGCAAGGACGACAUCCCCGCCCACUACCGCCUCCGUGUCGCCGGAAACCGCUUCCAGAUGGACUGGACUGUGUCUGAGGUCGCCGAACAAGUCCUCUCCCUCACCCUCUAUGAUGACAUCGACGGCCUUCUCAACCGCUGGGUUGGACGCUUCGCUCGCAAGAAUUUCCCGUUCCUCAUCAAGGAAUUGACACAGAGAGGGUCAAUUGAACACUGUAACCUAGUGUUCCAGUGGAUGAAGAACCAGAGGAAUUACUGUGCCAGGAAUGAUAUAUACAACAUGAUGAUUAGGUUGCAUGCUAGGCACAAUCGAAUCGACCAGGCACGAGGGUUGUUUUUCGAGAUGCAGGAAUGGAGGUGCAAACCUGAUGUGGAGACUUACAAUGCACUUAUCAAUGCGCAUGGUAGAGCUGGACAAUGGCGUUGGGCCAUGAAUAUCAUGGACGACAUGCUGCGUGCCGCUAUUCCACCAAGUCGGUCAACUUAUAACAACUUGAUAAAUGCCUGUGGAUCUAGUGGAAAUUGGAAAGAAGCACUUAAUGUUUGCAAGAAAAUGACUGACAAUGGAGUCGGGCCCGAUCUCGUCACUCACAAUAUUCUGUUAUCUGCAUUUAAAAGUGGUUCUCAGUAUUCAAAAGCUUUGUCAUAUUUUGAACUAAUGAAGGGAACUCACAUUCGUCCUGACACAACAACACUUAAUAUUGUAAUCCACUGUCUAGUGAAGCUUCGACAAUAUGACAAAGCCAUAGACAUUUUUAAUUCUAUGAGGGAAAAGAAGUCAGAAUGCCACCCUGAUGUUGUAUCAUACACUAGUAUCAUUCACUUAUAUUCUGUGAGCGGUCAGAUUGAAAAUUGUGAGGCUGCAUUCAAUAUGAUGCUUGCCGAAGGGAUCAAACCAAGUAUAGUUUCAUAUAAUGCACUAGUGGGUGCAUAUGCUGCACAUGGGAUGGGAAAGGAAGCACUUCUAGUUUUUAAUGAGAUAAAACAAAAUGGUUUCCGCCCUGAUAUUGUAUCUUAUACAUCUCUGCUGAAUGCUUAUGGAAGAUCACAAAAGCCACAAAAAGCAAGGGGAGUAUUUGAAAUGAUAAAGAGAAACAAGUUGAAGCCCAACCUUGUCAGUUACAAUGCACUGAUUGAUGCCUAUGGAUCUAAUGGUUUGCUGGAUGAUGCAAUUAAAAUCUUGCGAGAAAUGGAACAAGAUGGUAUUCAGCCAAAUGUUGUCUCAAUAUGCACACUCUUGGCUGCCUGUGGACGAUGCAGUCAGAAGGUGAAGAUUGAAACUGUGCUAUCAGCAGCUCAGAUGCGAGGCAUUAAACUUAACACAGUUGCAUAUAAUUCAGCUAUAGGAAGCUAUCUUAAUGUGGGGGAGUAUGACAAAGCUUUAGGCUUGUAUAAAUCAAUGAGAAAGAAAAAAAUUAAAGCUGAUUCUGUUACAUACACUAUCUUGAUAAGUGGUUCCUGUAAGAUGUCAAAAUAUGGUGAAGCUCUGUCUUUUAUGGAAGAAAUGAUGCAUCUAAAACUUCCUGUGUCCAAAGAGGUCUACUCAUCUAUCUUAUGUGCCUAUAGCAAACAGGGCCAAAUUGUAGAAGCAGAAUCUACAUUCAACUUGAUGAAAUCAUCUGGUUGUAGUCCAGAUGUGGUUACAUAUACUUCCAUGCUUGACGCCUACACUGCAGCUGAGAAUUGGGAGAAAGCGUAUGCACUCUUUAAUGAAAUGGAGGCAAAUGACAUCAAGCUAGAUACUGUUGCAUGUGCAGCUCUAAUGAGAGCUUUCAAUAGAGGAGGCCAGCCAGGGAGGGUCCUUAAUCUGGCAGAAAGUAUGAGAGAAAAAGAUAUUCCUUUAAGUGAUACUAUAUUUUUUGAAAUGGUAUCUGCCUGUAGCUUAUUACAAGAUUGGAAGACAGCUUUUGAUAUGAUCAAGUACAUAGAGCCCUCGCUUCCGGUAAUUUCAUCUGGAUGUUUGAAUCUGCUCCUGCAUUCUUUAGGAAAGAGCGGAAGGAUUGAAACUAUGUUGAAGUUAUUCUUGAAAAUGUUGGCAUCGGGGGCUGAUGUUAACUUCAAUACUUAUUCUAUUUUACUGAAGAAUGUUUUGUCCUCUGGAAAUUGGAGGAAAUAUUUAGAGGUACUGCAGUGGAUGGAAGAUGCAGGAAUUCAUCCAUCAAAUGAAAUGUACCAUGAUAUAUCCUCCUUUUCGCAAAAAUGCUGUGGGGCUGAAAAUGCUGCCGUCAUAAAAGAAAGACUUGAAUCCUUGAAAAGAAAAUCCAAGGAUCAAGUUUCUGCUAGCCAACCAUGUGAAUCUCCUGUUCUUAGCUGACCAUCGUCAUGGAAUAGCAUUUCUGCUUAGUUUGAACAUGGUGUUCCAAGCUGCUGUGGGAGUUAUGCGUCUGAGAUUUCGUGCCUGUAUAAGAUUAUUUUUCAUGUUAGACCUGCAAUUAUGUAAGUAAUCUUCCUUCAUGUGUAGAUAUUAGCUCAAUAAAGAUUCGUGUACCACUUUUUUUGUUGCUGUAGAAACUUAAAGAUAGAAAGAAAAAAAUGAAAAAUAAUAAAUGUGAUAUAUCAUGUAACGAGAAAAAAGACAAAAAAAUGGUGUAUAGGGUUGUUGUUAGUUGUUACUGUUAUACUAUACACGAAUAGAGAGGCUGAUAUUAGUUUGUAUUGUAAAAUGUGACCCGGAUUGUGGAUUGUGGUGUGCAGUAAAGAAUGUGAUAAAACUAACCAGGUCAUGCCAU